AUGCCUUCCAUGCAAUGCAGUAUGACACGAGGCCUCCUGGCUACGAUUUGCCUGGCGACAGCAAGCGCCAACUGGUUGCACACUGGCGAAGCUGAGAACAGCCUCGGCUUUGUCGAGGAGCUGGAUGUAGGGAAGCUGGUCAAAGUGCAGGCAGAGGACAACUACAGCAGUGCUGGUCUCCUGAAAGCUGGUUUCUACGGCUUCAAGGGCUGCGACGACGUGAAGGAACGAGGGAAGGCGUGCGAAGGCGGCCAACACGUGACAGGCUCGCCAGGCAUCCAGGACUUGGCAGCCUGCUGGGCUGCCGUGCGAGAUCAGUGCGAUGGCGACAUCCGCUUCGACUUCAAUGCAGCGCAGAGCAUAUGCCGCUGCACGCGCAACAACUGCAAGACCACAGUGGAGGAUCAGAACUCCAACGUGUACGAGAUGUGCAAGGCCUGCCCUUCUGUCCACACCAGGGACAAGGUCUGUCAGGCCAAGGCGCACGUGAAAGGCUCGCCGGGCAUUCGUGAUCCGACCCAGUGCUUGGAGAGAGUCCUCCAAGACUGCCCGGAAAGUCGGUUCUUCGCCUUCAAGGCCAGCGACAAGAGUUGCAUUUGCGGCGCCAAGACCGAGCCGAUUUGCAAAGACUGGGAGGUGAGCCGGGGCUUCGACAUCUACGCCACCUGCGAGCUAAAGCGGGAGGUGGAGAAGGUCUACGAGUGGAAGCUGUUCCUGCGCCAGACGUUCCCCAAAACUUUCGAGGAUGAAGAGUGGAGAAAGAACCCCCGCAACCCCAAAGCGCGGAACUUCGCGAUGCUCGACGAGCUGGAGGGUUUCAGGCAGAACGGGGCCUUCACCUUCAAGCUGAGUUGGCCCAAGAGUGGGCUCAAGGACCAGAUCUGGAAGCAGACCUCCAACCCGGUGACCGGGGACGGAGAGGUGACAGGCUACGAAGCCAUAGAUGUGCCCUACACGGGCAAUGGCUGGGGCGGCCUUCGACACGGCAAGGGCAAGGCGCUGCUGGAUGGAUCCGUGGACUUGGACGAGCGAUAUUGGUACUACGCGGUGGGCGCCUUCCGGCCCUGGAAGGGCGGCUUCCCGGGGCCGAACGACGCGGUGCAGCAGACGGAGCUCUGGGUCCGCAUGCCCGCGGACCAGGUCUGCAUGGCACCUCUGACGAGCGAAGGGUUCAAGGUCACCGAGGUGGCGCUGGAGCGGAACAUCUUUGAGGUGUCGGUGCAGUGCGACACGUCUGCGGGCUUCGAGGGCACCGGCCGCGCGGAGCCGUGUGAGGGAGGCAGAGAUGUGCGGUACCACCUCAAGGGCUGCUACGGCAAGGGCGAGGAGCGGAGCGAAGGCUGUCACGGCUCCUGCGAGACCUGUACCGGUCCGGCCCGGACCCAGUGCUCCUCCUGCUCCGGCAAGCGGUUCUUGGCGGUGUCCAGCUGCGUGUAUCAGUGCCCCUCCGGCACCUGGCCAGUGGAGGACCAGGAGAAUGGGAACAUUUGCGCGAGCUCCACCACGACCACCACUACCGAGGAACCUGAGGAGCUGGAGCGGCCGUGGAUCAUCAUGCACGGCCUGAACUGGACCAUCUCGCCAGGCCAGACCUGCGGCGCGGAGUUCAGUUUGGGCCACGAUCGGGGCGGCAAGACCAGCGAGAAGUGCACCCGGCUCUGCGCGAAAGACAGCGACUGUACGGCGGUGUCGACGAUUCGCCGGGGCAACCACAUUGAGAAGUGCCGCCUCUUCUCUGGCUGCGAGGAUCUCGAGGCUGAGUCUGAUGCGAACACCUACGUGAGAGUUCCAACCACCACAACUACAACUCGGUUCAAGUGGAUCGAGAUCGGCCCGGGCAAUUGCGCCGAAUCCACGGGGCUGUCGGUGAGGGGAGUGGCGAGCUCCUUAACGACGCAGACCAGCACGACGACCGUACCUCUGGAAUGGGAGUACCUGGUCAAGCCCACGUCGCUGGAUCUGAUUGCCAUUUUGAAAGGCCCCAAGACCAAGAGCGGAAAGACGGAGAUCUCCGUCUUCAGCAGCAGCUCCUCCUACAGGAGCCGGACCUCGCGCCUAGUGACAGCGCUGAACUACACCCACGGCCCGGGUUGGCAGUUCAGUUUCAAGGGUAACGGGGAUCUGGUGGCGAUUCAGACUGGCCAGACCAAGAGCAAGAAGAUAGAGGUCACCACGCUGAGCUUCGCCUCCAAGUAUCAAAACCUCACCAGAGCGAUCACGCCUUUGGGCUGGUUGCGCAAGGGUGUUGACGUGGCUGUGCACUGUGAUGAGGCCCUCCUUUCUACGGGGGCCUUGCUGGAUUUCAGGGCGCAUGUUGAAGGCCUGCUCGCCCGGGGGGACCGGGCGGGGGCCCUGGCACUCUGGGAGUCCGUGGUGGUCUUCAUUCAUGAACCACUCAUCCCUGAUGCGGAGUUUGUCAUUGGAGCAGGGGAUCUAUGCCCGGAUGGCCAUGCAAAAGGACACUUCCUGGACGCUGGACAAGGUCUGCUGCGCGUGUCCAGGAGCGCGGCGCGUGCGUGGGUGCUGGACGACAAGGACUUCAGCAGCUACGAGCAGGCCAAGCUGGCAGCCGAGGAGAAGUCUUUGGUGCCGGAUGCGAGGGAACCAAGGGCGUCCUCCAAGUACGAGUUGAACUCGGUCCGCAAAACCAGGUUCACCUCAGACAGCGCCCAUACAGAGAUCCGAGGAGGCACCUUGGCCGGGAUGGAGGGGAGUGUAGUGUUGUCUUUGCGCUCCGGGGGCAAGCUCUGGCUCAGUGGUCUCCCCACGCAGCACAACUUGGGCGACUUCCCGGCGGUGGCCCUGCAGGUGACAGCCUUCAAGCGUGAUCCAGGAGCUCGAUUGCAGGGAGCGUUCCUCUUCGGCAGCAUCUUCGAGGCUUUGGCAGUGGGCCGCAUGAUGUGCCAGCAGAGCAUGGCCCGCGCCCCGGACUCUACCGACCAGGAGCUUGAUGUGCUAGCCACUCGCACGGCACGUUUUCGACAGAUCGCCACUACGGGCAGACAAGCUGGGGCUCAGGGCCACAAGGCCGCGCUCCCGCCGCUUCAGGCGGGCGAGCCUACCCCGGAUGCGCACUUCGACACGCGUGGACCCGGGGUGUUUACCCUGUCAGCCAUGCACGCCGGGAUGGCAGUGAGGAAGCUGACAGGGGGCCUGAGUGGGGCUCACUCAGUGCCCUACCUCAGCUCAUUGGAGCAUACCUAG